UUCAAAUCCGUUUUCUUCUUUUAUAGAAUUUUAAUAUUUCACUUCCAUGUUAUUUCUUAUUAUAAUUGUUAUUAAUUGUAUUAAUAAUAGUCAUGAUGAUAAUAAUUAACAACAGCAACAAUUUGUUAACAUGAUUACAAGAGUGCAAAGCGAAUGUGUUAACUGUAGUCUGCAGUAUUUUUAUUUAUUUAUUAAACGGAAAUUAUAUCGUCGGGUUGACACACCAUAUGACAAAUAUCAGGAACGAAGGUAGUGAGUAAACUGCACUUUUCUAAACCCUGUGGAAUAACCAAUGUUACGCAAUCAUGAGUCACGCCCUCAGCCCUUAUUUUAUUUCACAUGAAUGUCAUUCCGCUUGCGAACAGAGCUGUAUUUGUGUGUCUAGAGUACAGACAUAGAAAUUACAAUGUCAAGAUCCAUCAAAGAGUUCUGUCUUCACUACGACCCGAUUAAUGAAAGCAAUACUUUUACUAGUGGAGAUAUUGUGGAGGGGCAAGUUGUUUUGGAAGUAACCAAAGAAAUAAAGGUGGACAGUUUUUUUGUUAAGUUGAGGGGGGAUGCAAAUGUGCGCUGGACUGAAGGCUCAGGUGACGACGAAACAACCUAUAGCGACCAUGAGAGAUACUUCAAACUAAAGCAAUACUUCAUUCAAAAGAGCUCGAAGAGAGGAAAAAGGGAAAAGAAUGCAACUCUUGUAGAAGGAGAAACUUAUGGACCAGUGAUUAGGCCAGGAAGUCAUGUUUUCCCAUUCAGAUUUCAGCUGCCUCAACAAAAUAUGCCUCCAUCUUUUGAAGGAAAUCAUGGCUGGGUGAAGUAUGUCUUGAUGGUAAAGCUGAGCAGACGUUGGAAGCCAACAUCUACUAAAUAUACAGAAUUAACCUUUGUGCUGAGAAAUUAUGGGUCCAAUGAUCACUUGCUGCAACCACAAUCUGGCACACAAGACAAGAAGAUGAAACUUUUUGGCUCAGGAAAAAUGUCAAUGACUGUAACAUUGGAAAAAACUGGCUAUAUGCAAGGUGAAACGAUCAGAGUUUUUGUCGAUAUUGACAACUCUUCAUCUCGUGAUGUCAGGCUGAAGUACAGCCUCAAGCAGCAACAGACGUUCAUCGCUGGCUGGCGCACUAAUGGAGGAUUCAAGCAUAUAAUCAAAGAGACUAGAGAUCGCAUCCCAUCUGGAGAAAAGUCAAAAUUCAUAGUGGACAUGAUGCUUCCACAUGACCUGACUGUCACCAUUGAAAACUGCAGAAUCAUAAAAGUGCAGUACAAUCUCAAGAUCUCUCUGGGCUUAUCUUUUGCAUCAAAUCCAGCGGUCAUAUUUCCUGUGGUAAUUCUUCCAGCUGAUCAACAUUGUCCUCCCUGGCAAGGCCCACUUGGAGGAUUCCAGCCAUAUUCACCACCUCAGCCUAGCCUUAUGCCUUAUCCUGGUGAACUACCUCCUCCAACUUCAGGGCUUUACCCCAAUCUGUACACCCCUUCAGUGCUGCCCCACCUAGGAGCUGCUGCAGGGGUCUAUCCAAAUCCAAAUCUGAACGCUGUCCAGUCUGGUUUCCAUCCGGCUCCUUCAUCGUGGCCUAAUGGUUAG